AUGGACUAUGCGGCUACGCUUAAGCAUUUAGUAGCAAAGGAGGCCGGUAUAGUUAUACCUCCUAAUUCCUUUUCAAAACCUAGUGUUGGUCGUUCACCGUCUCUUAACAAAAGUAAAGGUUUAAGUAAAUGUGCAAAAUGCGGAGAAACUCGCACUGGGAUCGGCUGGUGUCGACCAUGCAAUACAACCAAACUCAAGGCGCAAUUUAAGAAUUGGACAAGUGGAAACGAAGAACUGGACCAUUUUAUCAGAGAAACCCAAAUAAACGCAAAUACACCUUAUGAUUAUAUUCGUUGGAUUAACUUUGAUAGUUUUUCAGAUCUCAAGUUUAUAGCGAAAGGUGGUUUGGGUUCAGUUUUUUCAGCAAAAUCUGAUGCAUGGGGUAAAGUAGCGCUUAAAUUUCUUGACGAAUCAGAUAACUUGGCUCAUGACUUUUUGGAAGAGGUUCGUGCAUAUCAUAGAUGUAGUCUUGGUUCGGGGAUCGUCGAUUGUUACGGUGUUAGUAAAGAUCUGGACACCAAUCGAUAUGUAAUGGUAAUGCGAUAUGCAGACCAUGGAAGUUUAAGGAAAUAUUUAACAAAAUAUUUUACCGAAUUAUCAUGGGACGAGAAGAUUAUAUUAUUUGACCGCAUUUCUAAAGGUCUUAAAGGUAUUCACGAUGUAGGAAUGGUACACAGAGAUUUUCAUAGUGGGAAUAUAUUGCGACAUGAAAAACUUGUUUACGUCACAGAUUUAGGAAUGUGUCGACCCGAGAACGAAACGGAUGAUUCAAAGAAAAUAUAUGGAGUUUUACCGUAUGUGGCCCCUGAGGUGUUAAGAGGAACUCCUUACACGCAAGCUGCAGAUGUUUAUAGUUUGGGCAUGAUAAUGUGGGAGAUGUCUUCAAAUGAACCACCUUUUGCAGACCGUGCUCAUGAUUAUUCGCUAGCUCGUGACAUUUGUAAUGGACUUCGACCUCCAAUUAUUUCUGGAACACCUAAAUGUUAUGUGGCCGCUAUGCUUCGGUGCUGGGAUUCCGAUCCAAAAAAGCGACCUACCGUAGAUGAAUUAAUAGAGAUCUCUUACAAAUGGAGAUACCUUUCUGACGGUAAAGCUCCAUUCCAAGGCCCAAAGACUAAGAAAGUUAGAACCGGCACUAUAAAAUCAGUCAUCACGAAUCCUGGUGCUGUGCACCCACAAGCUUUUUACACAAGCCGAUUGUUACAUUAUCCGAAUUUACCCGAACCUCAAAAUUCAGAUACAUUCACACUUUUUGACUCCACAACUGGAGAGCUACAUGUAAUGGUUCGGAAACAGGGUCCAAAGAAAGAACCUGCCAGAUCUGCAACUUUGCCGCCAAGUGAGACUGGUAAUAGUGACAAAGGCAAAGAAAAAGCCAGAGAAAGUUUUCAUAAUUCUCGAAGAGAAUCUGUUAAAAUAUCACAUCAUCGAUGGUCUUCUUUCUUUAACGAAAUUCCAAAACAAGUUGAACUCUUCAAAGUUGACGAAAAAGAAAAACAAUCUUAA